AUGAGGCUGGAUGUGAAGCGCCAGCUCUAUGCCCGCAGCGAGCGGGUGAAGGGCAUCGACUUUCACCCUCAGGAGCCAUGGAUUCUCACGACCCUUUACAGUGGACACGUCUACAUCUGGUCGUACGAGACGCAACAAAUUGUCAAAACCUUUGAGCUCACCGAUGUCCCCGUCCGUGCCGGUCGAUUCGUCGCCCGCAAAAACUGGAUUGUCUGCGGUUCCGAUGACUUCCAGAUCCGAGUCUACAACUACAACACCUCAGAGAAGAUCACCUCGUUCGAAGCACAUCCCGAUUACAUUCGCGCCAUUGCUGUCCACCCUACGCAACCUUUCGUUCUUACCGCUUCCGAUGACAUGACCAUCAAGCUUUGGGACUGGGAAAGGGGCUGGAAGUGCGUGCAGACCUUCGAGGGCCACAGCCACUAUGUCAUGGGCCUCGCCAUCAACCCCAAGGAUACCAACACAUUUGCCUCGGCCUGCCUCGACCGAACCGUCAAGAUCUGGAGCCUUGGCUCUCCCUCGGCCAACUUUACCCUCGAGGCUCACGAGACCAAAGGUGUCAACCACGUCGACUACUAUCCCCAUUCCGACAAGCCCUACAUUCUCACGACCUCAGAUGAUCGCACCGUCAAGAUCUGGGAUUACACCACCAAGUCGCUGAUCGCCACUCUGGAAGGACACACCAACAAUGUCUCUUUCGCUUGCUAUCACCCCGAGCUCCCCGUCAUUAUCUCCGGCUCUGAAGACGGUACGAUUCGCAUCUGGCACGCCAAUACUUAUCGCUUUGAGCAAUCGCUCAACUACAGCCUGGAGCGCGCGUGGUGCGUCGCUUAUCAGAAGGGAAAGCAAGGUAUCGCUGUCGGUUUCGAUGAUGGUGCCGUGGUAGUGAAGUUGGGUCGUGAAGAGCCUGCCGUGUCCAUGGAUGCGUCAGGAAAGUUGAUUUGGGCGAAGCACAAUGAGGUUGUGUCAUCCAUUAUCAAAGGUGGAGAUGCCUCUAUAAAGGACAACGAGCCCAUUUCCCUCCCGACCAAGGAUCUCGGAACCUGCGAAGUCUACCCCCAGACCCUCCUCCACUCCCCCAACGGCCGAUUCGUUUCCGUAUGCGGUGAUGGCGAAUACAUCAUCUACACUGCCUUGGCAUGGCGCAACAAGGCAUUCGGUUCUGCCCUCGACUUCGUGUGGGCCUCCAAGGAGAACAGCAACGACUUUGCCAUCCGCGAGUCAGCCAUGAGCGUCAAAGUUUAUAAGAACUUUGUAGAAAAGAGCGAGGGUCUAGACGUUGGCUUCCAGGCUGAGGGGCUUGCCGGUGGUGUUCUUCUCGGUGUUACCGGACAAGGUGGUAUUUCCUUCUUCGACUGGAAUACCGGUGGUCUAGUGCGACGCAUUGAGGUUGAGCCAAAGCAGGUCUACUGGUCAGAGAGCGGAGAACUCGUGACCAUUGCUUGCGAGGACAGCUUCUACGUCCUUCGAUUCUCGCGCGAGGCCUACGUUGAGGCAGUCCAAAACGGCCAGGUUGACGAUGACGGUGUCGAAGCAGCCUUUGAUAUUAUUACCGACAUUGCUGAAACUGUUCGAACCGGAGAAUGGGUUGGAGACUGUUUCAUCUACACCAACAGCACAAACCGACUGAAUUACCUCGUGGGCGACCAGACAUAUACCGUAUCGCACUUCGACAAGCCCAUGUACAUCCUCGGCUACAUCCAGCGAGACUCACGGAUCUACUUGGCCGACAAGGAUGUGGGCGUCACAUCCUUUGCGCUUUCUCUACCCGUUCUCGAAUAUCAGACCCUGGUGUUGCGUGAGGAUAUGGAGACAGCGGCGGAGCUCCUCCCCUCGAUCCCCGCGGACCAGCUCAACAAGAUUGCACGAUUCCUGGAAGGUCAGGGCCACAAGGAAUUGGCAUUGGAGGUGGCCACCGAUCCCGAGCACAAGUUCGAGCUGUCCUUGGCUCUGAACCACCUAGACGUCGCUCUGGAGCUAGCAAAGGAGGCCGAUGCAGAUCACAAGUGGAAGACGGUUGGCGAUGCUGCUCUGUCAGCCUGGGACGUCGCUCUUGCCGCUGAGUGCUUCACCCAUGCCAAGGAUCUCGGGUCAUUACUACUUCUACACUCGUCAACGGGAGACCGUGACGGACUGGACGCCCUGGCCAAGCAGGCUGAGGGCACGGGGGCUCACAACGUUGCCUUCUCGAGUUACUGGCUCCUGGGCGAGAUCGAGAAGUGCGUCGAGCUACUCAAGAAUACUGGCCGCCUAGCCGAGGCCGUCCUGUUCUCACAAACCUACAAGCCUAGUCUGACGGCGUCGGUCGUGUCAGAUUGGAAGGAGAACUUGGACAAGAGCAAGAAGGGCCGCGUCGCCAAGCUGAUUGGCGUACCGGGUGAGGACGAUGACCUGUUCCCUGAGUGGGACGAAUGGCUCAAGCUUGAGCAGGAGGGCGGGAACGUCACCGAGAUCGCCGAAGAGGAGGCUGCCGAGGAGGAGGCUGAGGAAGAGUAG